CGCGUGGCGUUUGGAAAGUUACAUACAUACAUACAUACUGGUGAAACUAAUAUAAGCGUGUUAAAAAGAAAAGAAAACCAUUAGCUUUUGUAUUUCAUUUUCAGGCUUCAGUUGCAGUGAAAUACAAUAUUGGAAUAAAUAAUUUCUUGUAAUAAUAUUGUUAACGAGAGUCGAGAUAACGAAAACAGUGACAAUAUUUUUCAAUGUUGAUUAGAUAUACGUUUAUUUCCAUUAAGAAAUUAUUAAUAUACUGUUGAAAAGUAAACAAGAGUAAAAAUAUAUUUUUUUAAAUUUUUAUUAUACGGUAAUCUAGAUCAUUUGAUUUAGAUAAAAUGUCGAAUGAUUCUGUAACAUUUCAUGUACGUUGUGAAAAAUUGCAACAUGUUAUGAAAAUAAAUACUCCAGAAAAUAUUUUUGACUUCAUAGAAAUAAUGAAAUUGAAACUAAAUGUUGAAGAAAAUGAUGAUAUAGUUAUUUUAUGUCCAACAACUGAAGGAAAGAUGAUGGAGUUAAAGACCAAUGCAGAUAUAGAAUUUUUAAAAAAAAAUAAACUAUGCUAUAAUGCCAUAAGCAAAGAAAUUUAUUGCAAUGUUGAACUUGUAAUUAUUGUCAUUAAAAAUGAACAGCAAAUUCAGGAUGAUCCAAUUGUCCAAAUGAAAGUUUUGACAAAUAAAGUUGACCAAUUAUCUAUCCAAAUUAACAAACUAUCUGAUUCUCUUUCUGAAAAUUCAUCAAACAUCAUGAAAAUUUUAGGAUCAAUUGUAUCUGAAAAUUAUCAUAUCAAUAAAGAUUUUCAAGACAUAUCUUCUGCUUCUAUCAAACCUUUAGAUAAAGGGAAUGAUUUGUCUAAUAUACCCAGCAAUAAUGAAGAAACUAACACAGGAUCACGUAAAAAAAAACCAGCAAAGAAAGAUAAAAAUAAGAACCCAUCCAAUAUGCCAAAUUCACCUGCUAUUACAAGCCAAAUUUCUAUCACAAAGGAUUCCCUUUUAACUGAAAACUCCUUGCAAAAUAAAUCUUCAACUAAUGAAUUGGAUAAUCCUUUAAAAAAACUUACUGAACAAGGAUUUACUAACACUAUUCAAAAUAUUAUCGUACUUAAAAGGUUCAAUAAUAAUUAUGAAGAGGCAUUGAAAUAUUUAAGGUCUAAUAAAUCAUAAAAAUAACCAUUACAUCAUUGAAUAUUAUCAAAAUAGUUUACUAUGACAAUACUUUUUUUAUAAUUAAACUUUUUUAUUUUAAAAUCAACAACAAAUUUUUAAAAUAAUAAAUUGAUAAAAAAUAUUGUAUAAAAAAAUGUUUUUUACUUUUUUUUUUAAGUUCAAAUGUUAGCAUUAUUUUAAUUUUAAUUAGUAUUUAUUUGAAUAUUAUGAAAUUUAUAUUUAACUUUAAAAAAAAAUAUUAUUGAUUGUUGUAAUCAAUAAUACUAAUAUAAUAAUAUUAUAAAAUAUAUAAUAUAUAAUAUAUAGCUCUUUUUUAUAUCUUAUAGUGAAAAUCGAAAAUUUAAGUCUUCGAGUUGCAAAAAAAUGUAUGUUAAGACUUAAUAUUUUUCUUAAUUUUAAGUUAUAAGCAAAAGUAAAAUUGAAAAAAAUAUUUUGUUUGAAUAUGGUGUUGCAACAUCUUACCCUGAUAUAUAAUAGAAGUUAUAAAAUUAUUGUUAUGAUGUAUAAAAAUAGCUUAAGGAUCCAUUGUAAAAUAUUUUAGCACAUUAGAGGCUAAUUAAACCGACAAUUAUAAUUCUUU